AUGGCAAACCCGAUUUCUUUGAUGGCAUACCUGCAGAACGCCCCGCCUGCUAUACCUACCCUCCCACCCCCAAAUCCUGGACCUAAUACCACAAGCACUUCUUACCGAGCCAGCGAUAUUCACUCUGUUGGAGUAUGGAUCAACUUUACCCUUGCUACUUUUCGUCAGCGGUACCAAGCCCAUCUAAUGACAACUAUGCUUCCACCGGAUCCUUUCCCUGUGUCUCCGCCGCAACCAAACUCAGAGAAUCCUCUUCGGCACCGCAUUUCAGAUAUGUUAACGACACGAAUUCGUCGUGCUCUUCGAACAGGUUUCAACCAACUACAAGCGGUCAACCAGCUAAAUGGGCUUACCCCCCUUUCAUUUGAUGUUGGUGAGGCAGCUUCGACUCCAGGCGGGUUCACACCUGAUCUAGCAUACUGUGUUGCUGCAUCUUUCGGCAGUGGGCCUAACAGAGCCCCUGGAGAUGUGAAGCCAAGCUGGAAGUGGAGCAUGGCGAUGGCAACUGGUACAGCCCAUGACCGAAACGAAUUUCGUCAAGUUCUCAGCCAGGUGAACCAUUAUAUGAAGCAACACGGAUCCCGGUAUGGCUUUGUUCUUACAGAUAUUGAACUGGUCGCUAUACGAAGACUAGAUGGCAACGGCAGCCUAGAGCUUUCGACGCCAAUUUCCUGGGACAGUCUUGGGACAGCAGCUCAGCCGCGUCUCACGGUCAUGCUAGCUCUGUGGUAUCUCGGCAUGCUUGCUGCACAGGACCUGGGUCAAGAUCGGUGGCGUCUACCGUGA